UAAAAGAGAAAGAGAGAGGCAAACCGAUCACCGUUACACACGGUGUCUACCGGGUUAAAACACCUAGAAACCCAUCUUCAACGAGACAUAUCAUGCGAGCAAUCAAGGCUGCAAGGUCGUGAUCAUAGUGUUGUCAAGUAAUAUCUCCUCGCCGUAGUUUUUGAAUAUAAAAGUUAAUUUAUCAAUCUCGAUAAAUAUUCUGUGUUUAUCUAAGGAUAUGUAGUUCAUCAGUGUGUCUGUAGACAUUUCAAACAAUUACUUUGAUAUGUCAUGUGGUGAAAACAUCGUAUAUUCCUACUUUGAUUAAAGUGACUAUCAGAUACUCUGAUACUGAAAGUAAUAGACCGAACGAAAACUAAAGAAGCUGUAAUUAUUGGAAGAUAAUGAUUAAAUGAUCGGUUAUGGAAUACGGAACAGAAAUAUAUGAAAAAAGUGAAAACAGUAAAGAGAAAAUUGAGUUUUUAGAGAGUAUAUUAAUACCAUGAUUAAACAAUUAAAAAUUACUUAGAAAAAAAGAUUAAAAAACCAUGGACAUCGGAAGCGUAUUAACAGGAGGUUUGACUUCCUCCUUUGGAGGAUUGUCAUGGUUUGUACCAGCCCUUGCUGCGUUGCUUGCUUACUUCCACUAUGAGGUUCUAGAUAAUGAAGCCCCGCCAAUUAAUGUACCAUCGGAAGCACUGUUACCGUCGUACGAUUUUAUUGUAAUAGGUGGCGGAUCGUCAGGAGCUGUAGUAGCAAGUCGUUUGUCCGAAAUCGAAAACUUCAACGUAUUAUUACUAGAAGCGGGAGGUGAUGAAACAGAACUUUCGGAUGUGCCUUUGCUGGCAGGAUUUCUACAACUUAGUCAACUUGACUGGAAAUAUCGCACAGAGCCGCAGGGUGACGCCUGUCUAGGAAUGGAGGACGGGCGUUGUAGGUGGCCGAGAGGCAAGGCCAUUGGCGGAAGCUCUGUUCUCAAUUACAUGCUAUAUCUACGGGGUAAUAAGCGUGACUACAACAUUUGGGAAGAUCUCGGAAAUAUGGGCUGGGGCUGGCGUGACGUCCUUCCUUACUUCAAAAAAUCGGAGGACAACAAAAAUCCAUAUCUGCUUCGCACUCCUUAUCAUGCAAGCGGAGGACUUCUUACUGUGCAAGAAGCGCCGUGGCAUACUCCUCUAGCAACGGCUUUCGUCCAAGCCGGUCAAGAAAUGGGCUACGAAAAUCGAGACAUUAACGGUGCGAUGCAAACAGGAUUUAUGAUCGCUCAAGGUACUAUUCGGCGUGGCAGUCGUUGUUCCAGUGCAAAGGCCUUCCUCAGACCGGUCAGACUCAGGAAGAAUCUUCACGUGGCAAUGCACGCGCACGUCACCAAAAUACUGGUGCAUUCCCAAUCUAAGCGCGCUUACGGCGCGGAAUUCAUCAGAGACGGCAAAGUGUUUCGAAUUCGAGCAAAGAGAGAGGUGAUCCUGUCUGCAGGCGCGGUAAAUUCGCCUCAGCUUCUCAUGCUGUCCGGUAUCGGGCCAAAAGAACAUUUGCGAGAAAUGGGAAUACCCGUAAUUCAGGAUUUGAAAGUCGGCCACAACCUACAGGAUCAUAUUGCUUUAGGUGGUCUCACUUUCAUGGUUAAUCGAGAGAUUUCUAUGGUAGAGAAACGGCUUCAAGACAAUGUUAAAGCUCUGAUACAAUAUUCAGUGUUCAGCGACGGACCUUUGACUGUACUCGGUGGCGUUGAAGGUGUUGCUUUCGUCAACACGAAAUAUGCAAACGCCUCGAUGGACUUUCCCGACAUCGAGCUGCACUUCAUUUCCGGUUCGACCAAUUCCGAUGGCGGGAGGCAGUUGAGAAAAAUACACGGUCUAACAAAACAGUUCUACGAUGUCGUCUACGGGCCGAUUAGUAACAACGACACGUGGAGCGUGCUUCCCAUGCUACUGCGACCGAAAAGCCGAGGCUUCAUUAAACUUCGUAGUAAAAAUCCGUUAGAUCAUCCUCUCAUUUACCCAAACUAUUUCAAAGAACCGCAAGAUAUGGCCACGUUAAUCGAAGGAGUAAAAAUCGGCGUGGCUCUUUCUAGAACCAACGCCUUUAAGCGAUUCGGCAGCGAAUUGAAUCCGUAUCAAUUUCCACAAUGCAAAAAGAUACAUUUGUUUACAGAUAAAUAUUGGGAGUGCAUGAUUAGAACAUAUAGCGCCACUGUGUAUCAUCCCGUUGGAACCUGUAAGAUGGGUCCAUUUUGGGAUCCCGAUGCUGUCGUUGACUCGACGCUUAGAGUAUACGGCAUUGCUGGUCUUCGCGUCAUUGAUUCGUCAAUAAUGCCUAAUCUCGUAAGCGGUAACACCAACGCGCCAGCGAUUAUGAUUGCUGAAAAAGGCAGCGAUGAGAUAAAAAAAUAUUGGUUAACAAUGAAUUCGUCUGACAAUUUAAUGUAAACAAUUCGUGAAUUACAAUUAAAAACUUUUUGUCUCUAAAAAUAUAUAUUACAAUAAUUGGAUAAUCGGUUGAAAUACCGGUGUACAUUAGUAAAAUCCAAAUUAAGAAGAGUGUAUAUAUCAAGACGUACGAUAGGCAGAAUGUUACGAUCUUAAUGAGUAUUAUUUAACAAUAAGUAUAUGUAUUUAUUUAUUACA